CAGACACAGGACCAGCAGCGCCUCACCACCGUUAUUUAACAAAAUUGUUUUAAUCUGGGAUUCAACCACAAAGAGCUUUUUAAAAACAAGACUUUAUUCCACAAAGACGUUGUCAUCAGCAGAGGAUCUGUCUUUUGAAAGAUCAGACCACUCCAUUCCCUCUGGUAUCACUUUUGUGAAAAUGGGAUGAUGGUGUUCUGUUACUAUCUAGUUAACUAACCUGGAACAAGCCCAGGGUAGUACUCCUCCUGAUGUCAGAAGAUUCAGACUCCAAGUCCUACUGCUAUUCAGUGCUGGAGGACCAGGAUAGAGCCUCAGGAUGCAGACCGUCCACCUCAUGCAGCUCCAUGGCACAACUGCACCGGAUGAGUGGCUACAGCCAAGGUAGGCCUGACCUAGGCCUGCCCUCAGAAGGCAGCGACAGCAGCAGUCAGGACCCUGCCACCUCGCCACACAACCAUCGCAAGAAAGCCUGCUCCCGCUCGCUCCCUGAGGAGGACGUGGAGAUGAAGAGCAGUGGGUCCAGCGGGAGUGAAUCCCACGGCAAUGAAAGCCACGGCAAUGAGAGCCAUGGCAACGAGAGCAACGGCCAUGAGUCAAUGGGGAGUUCCAAUGGCAACAGCAAAGACUCCGCACUGCUUGAAUCUUCUGAAAGCAACAAGAGCUCAAACUCCCACAGUCCAUCUCCUCCAAGCAGCUCAAACGCCUUCAGUCUGCUGAGCUCGGAGCAGGACAAUCCUUCAACCAGUGGCUGCAGUAGUCAAGAAUCUGCCAAAGCCAAGACCCAGAAGGAGGUGAUUAAAACCCUGAAAGAGCUGAAACUUCAUCUGCCUCCCGAGAAGAAACACAAUAACAAAUCCUCUACAUUGAACACCCUCAAGUAUGCCCUGCGCUGUGUCAAACAGGUGGCAGCCAAUGAGGAGUAUUACCAGCUGCUGAUGAUCAAUGACAGUCAACCUUCGGGCCUGGAUGUGUCGUCUUACACCAUAGAGGAGAUAGACAGCAUUACUUCUGAAUACACUCUCAAAAACAAUGACAUUUUCGCAGUCGCAGUGUCUCUCAUCACGGGGAGGAUAGUCUACAUUUCUGAUCAAGCUGCCUCCAUCCUCAACUGCAAAAGGGAGGUGUUCAAGAACAGCAAGUUUGUGGAGUUCCUGACACCGCAGGACGUUAGCGUGUUCUACAGUUUCACAACACCCUAUCGCCUGCCUUCCUGGAGCAUGUGCACAGGAGCAGAGUCAUCCCCGCCUGACUGCAUGCAGGAGAAGUCCUUCUUCUGUCGUAUCAGUGGUGGAAAGGAGUGUCAGGGCGACCUUCAGUACUAUCCUUUCCGCAUGACACCCUACCUGAUGAAGGUCCAAGACACAGUGCAUGCUGAGGACCAGUUCUGCUGCCUCCUCCUGGCUGAGAGGGUUCACUCUGGUUAUGAUGGUGAGGCUCCACAUACAGCACCCAGAAUUCCAACAGACAAACGCAUCUUCACCACCACACACACUCCAAGUUGUGUAUUUCAGGACGUAGAUGAGCGGGCGGUCCCUCUCCUUGGGUACCUCCCCCAGGACCUGAUUGGCACCCCGUUCCUCCUUCACAUGCAUCCAAAUGAUCGACCGGCCAUGCUGGCCAUCCACAGAAAGAUCCUCCAAUACGCAGGGCAACCGUUUGACCACUCAUCCAUCCGGUUCUGUGCACGAAAUGGAGAAUACAUCAUUCUCGACACCAGCUGGUCCAGUUUCGUCAAUCCCUGGAGCCGCAAGGUGUCCUUUGUUAUCGGGAGACACAAAGUGCGAAUGGGACCUGUGAAUGAAGACGUUUUCAUGGCACCAACUUCUGCUGUGGCCAAGACGAAGACCAUGGACUCUGAUAUCCAGGAGAUAACUGAGCAGAUCCAUCGGCUCCUGCUGCAGCCGGUUCAUAACAGUGGGUCCAGUGGCCAUGGUAGUCUGAACAGCAAUGACCACCUUCUGGCCUUGACAUCUUCUAGUGAGAGCCUAAACAAUGGCAGCGGGAGCAAGGUGCAACAAGAGACGGAGGAGGAAGUGAGCAGAAAAGCUAGACCCCGAACUUUUCAAGAAAUCUGCAAGGGAAUACAUCUUCAGAAGAGCCAGGAGCAGCAAACAAGCAAACCAGACAAGAAAAGCAUUGGAAUAGAGUCUCUACAGAAGAGCCCAGUGGUGGUGCGACCCAAAGACUCGGCCACUCAUCUCACCACAGAGGAGAGUAGGACUUCUUUUCAGGAGGAGAUGACAUUCAAUGAUCAAACUGUGUGCUCCUACCAGCAGAUCAGUUGUCUGGACAGUGUUAUCAGGUACUUGGAGAACUGUAACGUUCCCAUCACCAUGAAGAGGAAGUGCCAAUCUUCCUGUAACACUACAUCUUCUAACUCGGAUGAGAAAGGAUCUGACAGCAUGCAGGUGUCUGGAGAACCAGCCUUGUUGAAGGAUCAGUCUGCUCUCUCCGCUUUGGAUGCACAAGACAAAAAGUCCAGUGACGCGGCCACAGCAGUAGUGGGCAAAUCACUGCCCCUACCUGUUCCUAACAAACCAGAAAGUGUGGUGUCCAUAACCAGCCAGUGUAGCUACAGUAGCACCAUAGUGCAUGUUGGGGACAAGAAACCUCGACCAGACUCAGAGAUCAUAGAGGACAUCUUAGGUGCAGGGGAAACAGCAGAACCCAGCAAGAACUCUGGGGUUCCUUCUGCUGUUUCACCUCCCAGUCAGGAGAGGGAGUCCUACAAAAAACGGGGGUUGACCAAGCAGGUUUUGGCAGCCCAUACUCAGAAGGAGGAGCAGGCUUUUCUGUACCGCUUCAAGGAGCUUCGUGGACUCACAACCCUCAAAGCAAACUGCUCUCAAUACCUGGAGCGCCAGAGAGAACAGAUCGUCAGCAAUGCUGUACCCACUGCUCGGUCCUGCAAGCCAAACCGGCCGAAUGCAGAGCCCACCACACGCCGGAAUGUACGGAAUAAGAAGACCAAGUCAAAGCGAGCAAAGCAGAUCGAGUCUUCAGACAGCACAGCGUCACAUCACAGACAACAGCAGCUGCGGCCUCCUCUUAGAAACCAGGGCCUUAACCCGACCUCUUGGUCUGCCUCUGACACCUCACAGUCCACUUUUCCCAUGGCUUACCCUGCCAUGAUGCCAGGCUACCCCCUCCAGGUUUACCCCAGAGCCAAUUCCAUAGAUCCCCUCACAGACAUGACUCUACAAGGCUUUGUGGACAACCAGGGCACCCAGGCCCCUCCCUGCCCACCACCCAUCCAUCCUGCCCCCUACACCGCCCCCAUGGUCACCCCCAUUGUGGCUCUAGUGCUGCCCAACUACGUGUUCCCUCCAAUGGCCCCCGGGCCUCCACAACCACAGCCGGUGUACCAAGCAGAGACUGGUGGCUUCCCCACCCAAACGCAGCCUUUUUGUCAGGCUGCCUUUCCAGGCCAGGGUGCCUUCACAUCUCCUGCUUUCAGUGUACAGAACCCGUUUAACUCCCAGAACCCCUUCGCUCCCCAAGCAGGUUACCUGACCCAGUCACUCUACAUCCCUCCAUCCUCGGAAACCCCAAAGGCCCCCAUGGAAGGCCAGUCUCGUUCCUCUACACCACAGUCUGGAGGAGGUGAUGGCCAUGCGUCCCCUCCGAUGUUCCAGUCCCGCUGCAGCUCGCCUCUGAACCUGCUGGAGUUGGAGCUUUCUGUGGACAGGCAGGACAGCACCGUGCUCUCCUUUGGAGGACCAGGGAACAGUACAGCUGAUAGAGACAAAGGAGGAAGUGGCAGCCAGGCCAAAGAGAGGGAGCUGAAGCAGCCAUCUCUCAGUCUACUUUGUCCACCUGGACCCUUGUAUUACGAGGGCUCGCCCUGUGUCUGUGAGCGUUUGUCUUGGGAUAAAGUGUUCUCUAGGCUGAGGGCUUGCAGCAAAGAGGCAAGCUCUCGUAGUGACGGGAACAACAGCGACGCAAACUCCUUGUCCAGCGACAUGUUGGACAUUAUCCUGCAAGAGGACUCCUGUUCAGGCACUGGCUCAGCCACCUCGGGGUCCAUGGGAUCUGGGUCCAACGGCUGUGGAACCUCGGCCAGCGGGACGUCCAACAGCGGGACAUCAAAGAGCAGGACAUCAGCCAGUGGGAACUCCGGUAGUGGAACAGGAAGCAACAACAGUAGUAAAUACUUUGGCAGCGUGGACUCAUCCCAGAACAGCCAUAAGGUCAAAGGUCACUCGAGCAGCAGUGACGGGAACCCCAUGGAGAUGGAGCAGAACGACCAGUUCAUCAAUGACAUCCAGAGAGUGCUCAGAGAAGACAGAGAGAAGCUGCGGCUGAUGCAGAAGAGCCAGCCUCGCUUCUCAGAGGAGCAGAAGAAGGAACUGUUCGAAGUCCACCCCUGGAUGAAGAAAGGAGGUCUACCUAAGGCGAUAGACGUCAAGGUGUGUUCCUGGUGUGACGGUACAUCAGAGGCAGCAGCGGCAGCAGCAGAGGACCAGCGAUACCUGGACAUCGGUGACACAGAGACAGAUGAGAUGAGCUGCGAGACGAGGCUCCAAGAGGAGCCCUCAAACAGUGUUGUCAUCUCCUGCCGUGGCCCUUCACCCAGCUCCAGCUCUUAGACUCAACCAGAGAGACAAUAAAGUGCUUCAGUGUGAGAUUCACCACUCAUCAGCCGCUUGUUCUGCUCGACCACGACGAUGAAGAGAGACCUACUUCACACAAAUCGUCAGACAGGCCCU